CGUUACUUGUCUCUUUCUUGCCGCUAAAUGUGAACAUGCAUUUGUUUCUAUCGAAGAAUUCGUCAAAGUGUCUAGGGUUCCCAAAAAUCGUAUCUUUGAACUCGAACUUAUUGUAUCUAGGAGUCUAAGAUAUGAAUACACUAUACAUCAUCCAUUUAUACCCGCAUUUGGAUAUUACUUGGAUUUGCAGAAUGUUGUCAAAGAUGUGGGCAAAAUCAAGUCAAUUUAUGAGAAAUCUAUCAGCUUUAUCAAAACAUCUAUACUAACUGAUGUGAUGUUUCUUUAUCAACCAUCUCAAAUUUCUUUGGCAGCAUUAAGGAUGGCUGCCAAACAGGAUAAAUUUGACCUUAAUAAUUAUUUGCGAUCUAAAUUUAAGUCUGACCCUCCGGAGAAAGUUGAAUCUCUUUAUAAGAUAUUGGAUGAAAUUGAAGAUACCAUCAAGAAUCAUGAAUUGACUUCUUUUGAACAGGCGAAGUUAAUUGAUGCUCGCUUGCUUAGAUGUAAAAACCCCGAAAAAAACCCCAACAGUGCUAUUUCCAGAAAGCGACUCCUUGAAAAAGAAGAAAGUGAGGAUGCGGAACGACGUAAAAAAAAGAAAUACGCGGAGGAAUAUCAAAAAGACGUGUCCUCAGUGUUUGAUUGA